CGAGUGUGAAGCUGAUUCCUAAUAUCACGUAGAAUGCUUACGUCGGCACGGUGCAGCUGAAAGAUAACUUACCACGAUUCACCGUCUUGCUGCGACCGUAUCAUUCUGUUCACGUGCGAACGCACUCCUUCACCGCAAAAAGAGGCGCCGCCGUACGUUACAGCCUAAAACGGAGCAGGGUAAACCCCACGGAGCUCCCUUCCUAGACCUCACUUAUACGUGAAUCUUGCGCUCAUGCGCCUUGGGGACGAUUUCGGAACGUCGGAAGAGUGUGAAUGGAACCACGACGACGACGACGAUGACGACGAUAACGGCGACAGUGACGACGACCGGCAACGUGCGAGGCGCGAGGGAAGGAGGACGAACUAAGAGGACUCAGUCUGGCCGCGCGCGUCUGCGAUCACUGUCGACCGUUGUUCUUGGCGGCUAAGACGCGGUUUCGGGCAUCCGGGUUCACUCUCGAAUCUUACGAAUCAAUAGUAGACUCGCAUUUCUAUCGGGUCUUUAUUCGGAGGAUCCAUAUCUCUGUUUAUCUUCGUGCAUUUUGCAAAAUCGACAAAAUUAAAAAUUAAUCUUUUAAUCUUUUAAUCUUUUAAUCUUCCAAUCGCGUCUUAGAUUUAAAAAAAAAUAGACGACUUACUGAAAAAUUAUACAGUGUAAAAACUAAGCAUAAAAGAAUUCCUUUUCCUGAAUCUCAUUGUUGUUUCGAUCACCUGUUCACCUUUAAAAGCGUCAAAGCAAAUAAAACGAAGAGCGUCUUUCAAAGCGAGUAAUUCCGAAGUAAAGACGCUUUGAACAUUUUUUUGUGCACUCGCGAAUUUGGUCGCGAAAAAAUACGACGAAAGAGGCUCUGUAUAACUGGGCAUGCUACUGACAAAUGUGGAAAGGACGUGUCUGUUUCUGACGGUGAUCCACGUUUUACUCGAUGAUAAGCGCGUCGAUGCCGAGACAUUCACUCUGGGGUACAUUACCGGCUCCAAACGACGUUCUAAGGACCUUGAAUAUCAGCGUCCCGGUUUUCAGAUUUCUGGCGCUAUCACUCUCGCCGUGGAGGAGAUAAAUGCCGGCGAGCUUGGUAGACGAGGGCAUAAUUUGGAUUUCCUGGUAGCUGAAACUUUUGGCGAGGAGGAGACCAGCAUUCUAAUGACAGCGGAUUUGUGGGCAAAAAACGUUAGUGCAUACAUAGGCCCUCAGGAGACGUGCAUUCAUGAAGGCAGAAUGGCGGCUGCAUUCAACAUUUUUAUGAUAUCUUAUUUUUGCACACAUAACGAAACAUCGAACAAGAAGGAGUUUUCGACAUUUGCAAGAACGCGGCCACCUGACACGCAGAUCUCAAAAUCCGUUGUUUCAGUGCUUUUAGCAUUUAACUGGACUAAAGUAACUUUUAUGCAUAUGAAUUCAACAAUGUUCAACUUCAACAAAAUGUCUACGGUUGCGGCAACAAUUCUAGCGUCUUUCGAAGCGGCUGGAAUUACCGUAAAUUAUCAUCGCACGUGGAGUGAACCUUACUUUGAUGAAACGCACAUGAAAAAUCCUUUCCACGAACAUGUGCGAGACACGUAUCGAGAUACGCGAAUUUACGUUGUACUGGGUUAUUAUUACGAACACAUCGGUCUCUUGACGGCCCUGGACGAAAUGAACCUCUUAGAAAAAGGCGAAUAUUGGGUUGUCGGUGUUGACAUCGAGCAGUACGAUGAGGAACAUCCAAACAAAUAUCUUCACGGAUUACUACAAACGGAGACAGAUCUGUCAAUUGUAAACGCAUACCGCAGCUACUUCAGUAUCGUUGCGUCCGCCCCAAUCAAUCUCAUGAAUUUCACUCGACUUGUCAACGAGUACAGACAAAAGCCUCCGUUCAACUUUACGAAUCCGUUGGCAAACGUCGGAGGAAUAGUUCAGAUCGUGCCGGAGACAGCGUACCUGUAUGACGCGGUGCGUCUUUACGAGAGAUCGCUGCUGCGUGCGCUCGAUGAGAACCGAGACCCCCGAAACGGUCGGGAGAUGGUGUCGGCGUUACAUGGUGUUCAUUAUCAAAGCGCUAUGGGAUAUAUGGUAUACAUGGAUGAAAAUGCAGAUGCCCAAGGUAAUUACACAUUGAUUGCAUUGGAUCAUCGACCUGCGAGAGGCUACGGACUCUAUCCGAUUGGAUAUUUCGUUCGAAAUGGACAAAGAACAAAUUUACCAAAACUUCGAUUAACCAAAGAAAUAUCAUGGAUUGGGCAUGGACCACCAGUUGCAGAACCUUAUUGUGGAUAUCACGGUGAAAAAUGUAAUUCUUAUACUGGCGAAAUCAUUGGAGGCAUCGCCGGCGCAUUGCUGUUUAUUGUUGCAGCGGUUGUUCUAAUUCUUUACAGAAAUUGGAAAUAUGAGCAAGAGUUAGAUAGUUUAUUGUGGAAAAUUAACUACAAGGAUAUUCAAAUUAAAGAAAAAGAUGAAACAAUGGGAACUGAUGAAAUACCUGCCAAAUGCAAUUCCAAGUCAUCAACGACGCAACCCAUAGUGCGAACUAGUCAAGUGUCACUAAGUUCUAAUCCAGACGCGGACUUCCGAUAUUCUACGAUUUACACAGAAAUCGGAGUAUAUAAAGGGCGAAUUUUUGCUGUCAAGAAAGUCAGAAAGAAAUCAAUUGAGAUAACGCGAGAAAUGAAAAAAGAAUUAAAAAUAAUGCGCGAUUUACGACACGAUAACUUGAAUUCGUUUAUCGGUGCAUGCACCGAUCCGCCUAAUAUAUGCGUUAUCGUCGAAUAUUGUCCACGUGGUAGUCUCAAGGAUAUACUGGAGAACGAAGACAUAAAACUCGAUAAUAUGUUUAUGGCAUCUCUCGUCGGCGACAUCAUUAGAGGUAUGAUAUAUCUUCACGAAUCAGUCAUAAAAUAUCACGGAUCUCUCAGCACAUCAAAUUGCCUGGUUGAUUCACGAUGGGUCGUAAAAUUGACAGAUUUCGGUCUCCACGAAUUCAAGCGAGAUGCGGAAUGUGAUCCCUCCGAGGUCAUAAAAAAAUAUCACGCAUUAUUAUAUAAAGCGCCGGAAUUAUUACGCUCUUCUCGCUUCGGAGAGCCAACUGUUCGUGAUUUUCAGCGAGGGGAUGUUUAUUCGUUUGCCAUAGUAUUGUAUGAACUUCAAGGACGACACGGACCGUUCGGUACUACAGAAUUAUCAGCUGCGGAAAUAUUAAAGAAAGUAAUUGUGAGAGAUUCUGGAUUAUCACCAUUUAGACCACCGUUGGAUCAAUUGGAAAACACUUUUGAUUUUGUUCGUGAUUGUUUGCUGGAAUGCUGGACUGAGAAUCCGGAAUUACGUCCAGAUUUUAAGAUGAUAAGACAUAAAUUAAGACCACUGCGAAAGGGCAUGAAAGCGAAUAUCUUCGACAACAUGAUGGCGAUGAUGGAAAAAUAUGCAAAUAAUCUUGAAGCACUCGUUGACGAACGGACAGAUCAAUUAACUGAAGAGAAGAAGAAAACUGACGCACUAUUACACGAAAUGUUACCGCGUUACGUGGCUGAACAACUGAAAAAGGGACAAAGGGGCAAAGUAGAGGCUGAAAGCUUCGACUGUGUAACAAUUUAUUUCAGCGACAUUGUUGGUUUCACGGCUAUGUCUGCAGAAAGCACGCCGUUGCAAGUGGUUGAUUUUCUAAAUGAUCUCUACACAUGCUUUGAUUCGACGAUAGAAAACUAUGACGUUUAUAAGGUCGAGACCAUAGGGGAUGCUUACAUGGUGGUGAGCGGUCUGCCAAUAAGAAACGGUAUUCAGCAUGCUGGUGAAAUAGCAAGCAUGUCAUUGUGUCUUCUAGAUGCUAUUAAGCAGUUUACUAUUCGUCACAGGCCGCUUGAUAAACUUCAACUUCGCAUAGGAAUACAUUCCGGUCCAGUAUGUGCUGGCGUUGUUGGACUGAAAAUGCCACGAUACUGCCUGUUCGGUGAUACAGUGAACACGGCCAGUCGUAUGGAGUCCACUGGGUUACCGCUGAAAAUUCACUGCAGCAGUGAGACGAAACAGCUGCUGGAUCAAUUGAAAGGAUUCAGCCUCGUCGAACGCGGAAUGAUCAACAUGAAGGGUAAAGGCGAGCGUCUAACAUAUUGGCUUAUCGGGGAAGAUCCAAUAUUACGGAGUAAGCGUAACAAGGAAAGAGCGAGUAAGCGAAGCAACGAUGGCAAGAGUACUAGCGUGGCAGAUCCUCUAGUUCCUCGAAGUUCUCUAAAGAACAAGACUCUCAUCAGAUCAAUUUUCACGAGAUGUUCCAGCGACUCCCCGAAGCGUUUGCGUUUUGCCAGCUCAGAUCAGCUCGAUCAAAAGGGCUCCAGAAUGAGCCAGCUAGAAUCGAUAGUCGACAAUAGCCCGUGCAAAAUGAAGGUUUCUUGCAUGUUACGAUCAGCCUGCACGGAGAGCUGGCGAUCCUCCAGCAAUUCGUGUCCUUGCGUCGAAAAACUAUGCGAUCAGGAAACUCAGCCGGAAUUGGUGGAGCACGAAUUGCCACCGGAUGUCAAGAACGUACCAUUGCUUCAAACCAACUUAGUAUUUGGCAAUGAGUCGUGCCUUCUGCGGCCUGGAGCUAAAAGCUUUCGCUUCGGUACACCUGGGAUACUCCAAAUUACCUGCAGGUCGGCACCUAGCAGCCCCAAGCAAAGCACGGUGAUGCUAAACGCCCAAAAAAGAGCGGCGCAAUCAAACGAAGAAAUCGAUGGGUGGGACGCGAUGACACCACUGAUUUCUUAUCCGAAUGAUCGCUUGAAUUCAAAGAUUUAAGAUCAACACUAACGAUAUUAAGCAUGGCAAAAAUUAAUUUAUUCUACAUAUAUCUGUGGGGCUAACUUGACAAUCGAGAAUCCUGCAAGCGUCGGAUUUUUAUCCAUAAAUCUGCCAAUCUUAAUAUUGUGUCAGUUAGAUACAGUUUUUAGACUUUUCGCUUACAUUACACAACGUAUCAAAACGUACUGUACGUACAAACUUUACACGGAUAUCAACGUAUUAUUUAUAACUAAAGCAGAAACAAUUAUAUUUCUAUCUUGUUUUGUCUUCCGACGUACUACGACAAUGUAUUCCUUACGUUAGCAUAGACAAUCGUAAAAGGCUCGUGCUUCUUAAAUGAAUGUCUAGUCAAUGAUACUUUAAAUAUAUCAUAUUUCUUGUCUUUAAUUUAUCAUAUUUGUCUUUCACAUAACACAUUACCAAAUAUUAUAUAAAAGAAAACUAAUUCUUCUAACGUUAAAAAGAUUCAACGAAUCGUUAAGACUAAGAAGUGAAAAAUAUUAUCACACUACUUCUAAAUGUUCUUUAGAAUUAUAAUCUAUCAAUGUUCGAUAUAUAUUUCUUUGUAUUUCUCUUUAGAAUGUUUAAAAAAUAAGGAUGUCAAGAAAAUAUGAAUGUGCGUAUUUGUAAAAAAUAAAAGAAAUAGAAAGUAUUACAGUAUUACAGUUUACGUAAUUUUACUUUUAUAAAACUCAUUAUUAACAAACCGCACACCUUUAAUUUCUAUAUUAACUAUCGCAUAUUAAAAUAAAAAAUAAUAUCUUAUUUUUAUGUUUCAAUCUGUUUUCUUUUUCUUUUUUCAUUCUUAAAUAAUUAUUUUUAUAAAUUUUAUACGAUAAAUAGAUAGAAAACGGGAAAGAAUAUGUAUCUUAUUAUCCGUCUUGAAUUCAACCGUCAUUGUUUACACAUUAACAAUACGCGAGUCUUAGUUUGUGCAGACGUCAUACGUAAGUGCAAUGGCAUCAGACGUAAUCCGGCCCACGCGAACGAUGCGUGAUAGAGUGGCGGCGAUAACGUUAUAGAGAGAUCCAUUACGUUAUUAUUAUUGAGGAAAUUAAUUAAACCUGAUUGGCGCGAGUCAGCGUGAUGUUAUGCAUAUGUAAUGCAUAUUUCUAUGCUUCUAUUUCUUUCAACAUCCGUAUGUAACUGGCUAUUAGUCGACAUAUUUAAAAAAGCGACUUAAAGUCGAUGCAACACACGAGUCAAAUAAAACACCAGUGAAGGCCGACAGUUGUUGCGCUAAAAAAGGGGGAGGGGGAGAGAAAAAAUACGUACACAAAUAUAUAUGCUACAAACAUUUUUACGUAUUAGAUUAACAACGUAUUAGAUGAUAAAUAUCUACAAAUUAAA